GCUGCCGCCCGCCGCCGCUGCCGCCGCCGCCGCGCCGUCGGGCAGCAUCAUGGUGUUCCAGCAGCCGCCGGGCAACUUCCUGCCCAUCCGACAGGAGAUGGGCGUGCAGCUGCAGCAGCGCGUGCCAAUUGCGGCGAAGCCCACAAUCAAUGCAAUUGUCACGAAUCUGAUCAGCCCGGAGCCGGCGGGUGCGCAGGCGGCGACAGCGGCGGAGAUGUUUGGCCAGAGCCCGAGCAAGUCUAACAACUCCACCAUCAUCAAUCUGCUCAACUCGGCACCGGCGGCCAUGAACAUCUCCACUGUGAACAGCUUCCUGUCGCCGCCGGCGUACAAAGACAUCACUCCCGAGGGCGCCGCGGCUGACGGGAAGACGAAGCCGGGCGCCAAAGUGGGCGCCGUGAAGGCCGACACGGCGCUGCAUCAGCACAUCAAGCUGCAGACAACUCAUCCCAUCCCAUCGACAUUGGUGAGCCAACUCGUGUCGCCGCCACUCAGCACCUCAGUGGCGACCGAGGAGAAGCGCACCGCCACCGCUGUGCCGGCAAUUGCCACGAAACGCCCGCCUCAGCAGCAACUCCUGAUCGCGAGCCAGCCGUGCAACAAGAUCAGCCUUAAGCAGGCCAACUGCACACCUCAAAAGAUCUCCACGAAGCUGAGCUUCCCCGUGACGGAAUUGACUGGGCUGCUGACGCCGGCGAAUCAGGAGAUUCACACAAUUGCCCCACAGACGGCUGGUCAGGUGGCAUUUGCGGCGCAGCCGAAGCAAUUUGGGAAUUUGCAUCAGGGCAUUCAGUCACCGCCGGCGCCUCUGGCCAGCAGUCCAUCGGCGCAGCAGACGACGACGACGCUGAAUCUGCAGGGCAUCAGUCUGUCGAGUCUGCAGAACGCCAUGGCCACGAUUCCGGGCACCUUCCAGAAUGUCCAGAUACAGAUCCCCGGCCUGGCGCAGUCGCUGUCGCUGCCGCUGGCCACGGCAGCCGGCGCCACAUUUGCCACGGCCACUAGCCAAGCCACCGGGCUGCUGGUCAACACCGUGCACUCUGGCACACUGAACAGCAUCCCCGGCUCCGGCACACAGACUGUCGUGUUAACCAACUCCGCCACGGAUUCUGGCACUUCCAUGCUCUCGCUGCCACUCGCUCAUGUUGUCACCACGGGUCUCAAGGGCAUCAAUCACCCAAAUCUGCGUUCCAAUUUAGCUGCCACGGCCAGCACGAGUGGCCAGACUGUCACGAACGCCACGCCGUCGAUCCAACUCCUCAGCACACUCAUGCAGAGCGGCGUGCCGCUCUCACUGGCGCCGGCUAACGCUACCGCGGUGAAGCAGAAGCCUAUCAUCAUCUCGGAGCCGCAGCAGCAACAGCAGAAGCAACUCAACUCCGUGAAGAAGAUCACCGCGACGCCCAAUGCGCUGCACGCCAACAUCCAACAGGCCGGCCUAAAUGCCGGCCAAUUGGUGCUUCCGGCGCAGAAUUUCCAGCUGAAGUUCCACAAGCAGACUCCGAACACGUUCGACGCUGGCGGCAGCCAGCAGAUAGUGCCCAAGGCGGACGACCAGACUGCCCAGCCCACGUUCGAGGAGAUCUACCCCAAUUUAUGUUUUCCAUGCGCCGAAGCGCCACUCCGGUUCACCCUUCACAAUGGCGAAUGUUUUGAUAUAUCGUGCUGGUGGUUGGUGACUCUCUCAUUCUCCGUGACUAGUUGGCAAGAGGCUGUGGAUGCCAGAAUUGUGCCCAGAGCCCUCCUGUCUGUCCGUGUGUUCUAUGACGCUGCCCAACUAUGCCGGGAAGUCGCACGGUCUUCGCCUGCACACAGUGGUGAAUUGCGUGUGGCAACCCCACUUGGCGACCGGAGUUGUUCACCACAAAGCAGCGCUCUCCAUCAGUGUGUUCCGUAUCGUGUUGGGCGCGAGGAGUGCCGGCAGGUGCAUCAGGUGGACAGUCUAGUGAGGGGCGUGCGGGUGACAAUCGCGGAGCGCAGAGAGUUUGACCGUGGAACAAGCGGCUGCGGCUGCGACUGCCUCACCCUCCCGCGAAGUCUGUUGCGCCGCCACACAGCGCGACGAACAAAGAGCGGAAUGUGGGCGAUGCGAAAGACACCCUCGGCUCAGGCCUGCCGCUGCGUGACGUCGGCAGCGAGUGCGGCCCUGCCUGAGCCUCCCACACAUCAGCGGGCGGAGCAGAUGGCGACGCUAAUACCCACAACGCAGACGACGGGCGUCGAGGCGUAUGAAGACAUGUUCAAGGAGAUCACCAGGAAGCUGUAUGGCGAGGAGACGGGACAUGGCCUUCACACGCUCGGGACGCCGAUGGCUCAUGUAGCCACAACGGGACCGACUCUGCCCGAGGGUGAGCGAUCCUUCACCACCCUUAUGGCGGAUCGCAGUCUCACCACGAUUGAGUAUGAGAACAAUGCCAGCGAGGCGAACAACACAUUCAAGACGGAGGAUCACAUUACGACGGCUUUCGGCCUGGCGGCGCUCAUGCAGAAUGGCUUUCCGCCGCCGAGCGCCAUCAGUCACAAUUUCCAGUCCUCCUCGGCGGCGUCGCGCAACGGGAAUAACUUUAUGGUGAAUGACGAGCGAUGGCCGGCGAAUGCUGAGGAGUGUCUGCCGUGGAAUGCCAAUAAGAGCGCCACGUACAACUGCAACCAGAAGUCUGCUGGCAAGCACAAGGGCGGCGGCAGGGAGUUCGCUGAGGCGCCCGGCGAUGCCCAGACCAGCAGUGGGCCGAGUGGCGGCGGUCAGAAGGGCCAGAGCUCUGUGCGCGGCGGCAGCAACUCAGGCGGCGCGGCUACAAAGCGCUACAAUUGCCAAUCGUGUCCCUACUCUACAGACCGGCGGGACUUGUUCACGCGCCAUGAGAAUAUCCACAAGGACGAGAAGCCGUUCCACUGCUAUGCAUGCCUUAAGCAAUUCAAUCGCGCAGAUCACGUGAAGAAGCACUUCCUGCGGAUGCACAGGGAGCUCAACUAUGACAUUAACAAGACACGCAAGAGUCAGUCGGGCAGCUCGGCCGCCGCCGGCACUGCCAAGCCGGCCAACUACAGUCAGCCGCAGCAGCAGCAGCAGCAGCAACACAUUAGCGAAUUUCUGGGCGCACGGUCCGCCGCCGCGGCUCCCGAGGCCGCCACAAAUGGCCAGGGCGCGCAGGAGAUGAUGCCGGCGAGCAAUGAAUCGGAGCCGGUGGCGGAGAAGAUGCACAUCAGCGAGGUGCACGUGGAGAAGAAGAUGUCGAUGAAGAGCGAGAAGGUGAGCAACAGCAGCUCGCUGCAGGGCGCGAAGAAGAAGCAGGGCGACAAGAGGUACGUGUGCUGCUACUGUCCGUGGACGGGCGCGGACAACUGGGGCCUCAAGAGGCACCUCAACACCCACACCAAGCCGUUCGUCUGUAUCAUGUGCGACUACAAGGCGGCGCGGUCCGAGAGGCUGGCCACGCAUGUCUUCAAGGUGCACAACAAGAAGGCCUGCAACAAGUGCAAUUUCCUCGCGGACGACCAGGCGCAGUUCAUGACGCACCAGACUGAAGUCCAUCCGCAUGACGCGCGACCGGCGCGAUCCGCCGGCGGUGGCAGUGCGUCUUGUACAGUUUUAAGAUCGAUUAGCAACUCUUUCGUACAAAACACAGCGUCUCAAUUAACCAAUAAUACCAAUUCCACAGCAUCUGGCCAUACAUUUUGCUCCCUGACGCACAACUCCAGCGUGGACAAUUGCGCCACAGGAUCGAGCUACAGCGCCAACAACAACCAGAACCUGAGUGAUCUCGGGAUUCAGCAGUGGCGCAGCGCCAACAGGGGCGCCAGCAACUCGACGAACCAAAAGAAGGGCGCCGAGCGCCUCUUUCAGUACAUGGAAGCUGACGGAAGUGACCCAGAGGAUUACAGCCGCCAACUGCGGAUGGCGGCCCUGAGUCGAAACACCGCUUCAGUCGCCCAGGAUUUUCAUAAUGCGGGGGGCGGAGACAAGUUGAUUGUUCCACCAUCACUGGCCAUCCUUGGCAGUCUGAUGGAGCAGUUGAUGCAGCAGCAAGCGAGGUGGGAAGAGUCCAAUGGUGAUGAGAGUGAGGAAUCUCAUGAUCAGGCGUGCGACUCUUCGGCAGCAAUGAGUAAUUCGCCUCCCGCGAUAAAUCACUACCAGCAGAGCAAUGGGAAGAAGAACCGACGACGGAGUUGUCAUGACAAGGAGAACACCAAUGCGAUUCCUCACAAGUGCGACAAGUGGGACGAGAGGAUGUGGAUGAAGGAGAUCAUUGGCAUGUACCAGGCGCACCUGAGCGCCAUGCGCAGCCGCCAGGCGGCGGCGGCGGAGAAGAGGCACCGCAAGCAGCUGCAGCCGCGCAAGAUUCCGCAGCGCGAGACGUCGAACAUCGUGCGGAUCCGCGAUAAGCACCUCACGCGGUUGGUGUCGCGCCAGAAGUCCUGCCAGAUAUGCGUGUAUCGGCACAAGUGCGUCGUGAUGCCGUUCCACUCGAAGGCGUCACUCAUUCUGCACACGCUUUGGCGCCACAGCCAUCGGCGCUUCGCCUGCUCCAUGUGCCAGGAGUCCUUCGCGAAGCGCUACAAGCUGAUGCUCCACCAGCAGAUCGCCCACAAGAGGCGCACGUUCAAGCUAAGAAAGCACUCGAACAGAGACACAUAAAGAUGGUGAGAUAGGGAGAAAGAGAGAAAGGAGAGUUCAUUAGUAAUUUACAAUUAUAAAAGUAUAUAAAGAUUAUAUUUAAGGGGGAUUGAUUGAGUGAGAAGGAGACAAUUCAAUAAGGGAAAGAAGGGAGUAGGGGGAGGAAAUCCAAAUGAUAUUUGAUGGGAAAGCAUGACACACACACACUCACUGUAGGAGUAAAGAUAUGUAUAAUUUCUAAGGAGAGACGGACAAAUAGGUUCUGAAAGAAGAAGAAGGAGAAAAAAAGCGUAGAG